CCUGGCUUUCCAUGAAAAAUCUAAAACUACAACUUCCCAGUAAGAAGUUAGCUACUCUGUUUGUUGGACCCUUCCAGAUUAUUAAAGUCGUCAAUCAAAAUGCUAUAACCCUUCGCUUACCCUCAUCUUUAAGUAUACAUCCCACUUUUCAUGUAUCCUCACUAAAACCAGCAGCUAUUAACAGCACCCAAGUAUUACCUCCAAAAACACAAAUUCUAGAGGAUAAUAUUUAUGAAGUAGGAAACAUACUAGACUCACGCAUCAACAGGGGUCAACUUCAGUACCUGGUUAGGUGGAAAGGAUAUUCCUCUGACGAGGACACAUGGGAACCCGUUAACCAUGUCAAUGCCCCAAGACUUAUCUCUCAGUUCCAUCGACGGAAUCCCGAAAGACCACGCAUGCAAGCCGUGGGACGGCAUGCCUGAAGGGGGCAUUCUGUCAGGAAUUCUGUUCCACCUUUACAGAAAGGCUGUAAUCUCUCUAUACCACCUUUACAAACUCAGGCCAACCCCUUACCCUAUUUAAAGUUACUCUUGAGGCCAGCCAGGUGCUUAGUGAUUAAGAAAUCAACCUAACUGAGCUCCCUGCACAUGAUUUGUGCUCCAGCUAUUUCAAACCUUAGAAAGUUUAUUCCUAAAUCUUUAACCUGAAUUUCUACAAGGAAACUGGAUUGCUUUCUGCCUAGGCAGAACUUGCUACUUCUGCUCCGCUACUGCUGAAGUUUAUCAAGUGAUUUAUUGACACUACAACAGCGUGACCUGCUUGUCACAAUUUGCAAGAUUGAUACUGUUACAAUUCCCGGUAAGCUGUUUACCUCUAAUUCAACUGCCAGUCUGCAUUGCAAGUUUCAGCAGACACGGAGCUGCUCACAGCAAGACAUUCCUAAGCAGUGACAUCACAACUAUUCCAGACGGCUCAGCUUACAAGCAGAUUUCAUAUCAGCUGUUCUACCAUUCUGUCUCAGCCUGUCUCACUGAUUCACACACUCUGCUGCUACAGAACAUUUUCCUGCUAAUCUCUAUAUGCAGAUAGGAUGAAGACUUCUGCUGCUCCGGAUGUCUUCUUUUGGUCCAUCUCUGCUCGGCUGAGUGAAGACGACUCAAGAUAUAUCUAAAGAAGGUUUUACAGGGAGGAAGCCAGGUGGCCACAGAGGAGGAGCGCAUGAGAUGCCCAAAUUUCUCAUUUGAUGAGAAUGUUGCGCUAGUCCAGGCCAUCAUGGACAACCACAGUGCCCUCUUUGGCCAGGAGAAGGGCAGAGGCGUUGCCCGAAGGCGUAAGGAAGCAUGGUCGGCGGUAGAGGAGGCUGUAAACAGUGUGGCCCCGCAGAGGAGGACUGCCGAGGGACUUAAAAAAAGGUGGAAUGAUUGCAAGAGGCGGGUGAAAGAGAAGAUGGGCCAGAAAGCCAUGCACCAGAGGAAAACAGGCGGUGGUCCACCCUUGGAAGCAGAAUACAACGUAUGGCAGGAGAUGAUACGCAGCUCCCUGAGUAUCACAGCAGUCCGUGGACUUCCAGGGGCUUGUGACUCAGGGGUUGCAACCACAGCACCUCAUGCUGAACCUCCUGUCACCAGGCAUGCAGCCACCUCCACCACCAGUCACAGCCAUGCAGCCACCUCCACCACCAGUCUUCAGGCAGCAACAUGGACAUUAUGCUUCCAGGCAUCAGCAGGGUUGUGUUGGUUGAACACUUCACACACCAGCAGGACACUGCCUCCAGCCUUUCAUCUGUGGCCAGCACUCCAGCAGAAUCAUCUGAAGCUUCCCAAACCAGGAGAACCAGGAAAUCCACUCCAGUCACCUCUGCCCCCUCAUCCAAGAUGCCAGCAAAUAUAAAAUAUUCUUAUAUUUCACCAUAAA